AUGGAGCAAGAUAAGCUAAGUGUAGUUGUCAAAAGACUGGGAAGUUGGUCCCAAAAGCUUUACCAAGAAAUUUCUUCUUCGCUGGAACGUCUUGAAGUAUCUGUUGAAGGACCCUAUGGACCUGCUUCAUCUCAUUUUCUAAGGCAUGAGUUGCUGGUUUUAGUGAGUGGAGGUAGUGGCAUCACUCCCUUUAUAUCCAUAAUCCGAGAGAUCAUGUCCGAAAGCACGAAACCGAGCUGUCAAGUUCCUCGAGUCCUUCUUGUUUGUGCAUUCAAGAACGCAGCUGAUCUUGCCAUGCUAGAUCUCUUGCUUCCAAUCAAUGGCACACCUGCAAACAUAUCCCAAAUGCAGCUGCAAAUUGAAGUCUAUAUCACAAGAGAGGAAGAGCAGCCUAUCGCAUAUAACCUAAAGCUUCUCCAAACCAUUUGGUUCAAACCAAACCAAAUGGACACGCCAAUUUGUGCAGGUCUAGGCAACAACAAGUGGCUAUGGCUUGGUGCAAUAAUAGCUUCAUCAUUUGUCAUGUUCCUCCUUGUACUAGGCAUCGUCACGCGAUACUAUAUCUACCCCAUUGAUCACAACACUGAGGAGAUAUACCAUUUUUCCUAUUUUGUACUUUGGGACAUGUUUUUGCUUUGUGCCUGCAUUUUUAUAACUUCUAGUGCAGUCUUUCUUUUCUGCAAGAAAGAGCAUGCCAUGGAAGGGAAGCAGAUUCAGAAUUUAGAAGUUUCUACUCCUACAGCAUCACCAGGUUCCUGGUUUCACAACACGGAUAGAGAGCUCGAAAGCCUUCCUCAUCAAUCACUUGUUCAAGCUACCAAGGUGCAUUUUGGUGCAAGGCCUGAUCUUAAGAGAAUUUUUUUCGAUUGCAAAGCCUCAGAUGUUGGAGUACUAGCUUGUGGACCAAGGAAAAUGCGACAUGAGGAACUGAAAAAGCAAGAAGAUGAGCAACAUGAGAGUCUUCAGGCUAGUCUUCCUUGUGGUGUUUCUUGGAUGGCUCAUGAGUUGGAUUAUGUUGCCGACAAAGUUAUACAAAAAUAG